UUGUGUACAAAACUCAACAUUUGGUGUAGGAGCAAAUAUAAUAUAAUUUAAUAAGAUUUUUUUUGUUAUCAUGUGCACACUGUGGUUGACUGAAUGUUUUCUAAUUUUUUGCCCCAAUUGUUUCCAUUCAAACAGAGUGUCUACCAGAAAACGUCACGUGCCCAGUAACCAUGUUCAAUGGUACUAACAUCUGCAGAGGAAUCAACAGCUCUGAUUUACACGCUCACUUGAACACAUCGAUGCACGUUCCCUGUCACUUUACCUUGGAGGAAUAUGCUUGUGCACAGCUGGACAACUUCAGCGCCCAUCAGCUGGUGUCUCUCCUGAAGUGUAAUCUGCCCGGAAACAGCAGCCACUCUAAAAUGUUGUGGAAGAUGCUGCUCACUAAGGUCUCGUCUGUCUUGGAUCCAGCUCUGGACAUCCUGGCUAACAUGUCCAUGCCUCCUCCAUCAGCGUCACAGAUUUUGGAUGUGAUCGGAGAGAUCAGGGUGUCGAUGCUGACCGAUGAGCAGCUGAGGAACAGCAGCGUUGUCGCAAAGUGGUUCUCCGGCCGCCUGAGAGGGUUCCUGCCAUCUGCGUCGGGAAGUUUCCUGCACUGUCUGAGCCGCAGGAACAUCAGCUGUCAGUCAUACCAGCAAAUACUGCAGGUAUUCAGCCAUCAGUUUGACAACAUGACCUUACAUCAGCAGCACGUCGUCUUCAAGAGCUUCGUCCUGCGUUUCUUGUCUCAUCCACUCUCAGGUCCAGGCUGUGUGUCGGGAUCCAACAGCAGUGCAGAGUGGCUGAAGAAGAAUUUGGGUCCAUUUUCAGUGUUUUUGCCCCUCAAAGAGCUUCUGCUUCUCAACCCACAAUUCAACCCUCUGGAGGUCCUCCACUUGCUGUCUCCAAAGCAGAGUGCAGAGCUGCUGGUGUUGACUCUUAAAACUCUUCCAGAGAAAGAAGACAUCAUUAAUCUGCUGUUUGAUUCCCUGACUCAGCCGUCCCAGGAGAAGAAACUUCCUGAGUUCCUGUCGAGCCUCGUCAUGUUCUUUCCGAGGGGAAAUCUUUCCUGUUCAGCAUACAAAACACUGUUUGCCAGACUGGACUUGGCCAUGACUACAGUUUCUCCUGAUAUAGCAUCAUCCAUCACCUACAACAAGAUGGACUUAUCCAAGCACAUACCACCUGGUUGCAUCAUAUACAAUGGAGAGUGCAAAGUCACCAUGAUUAAUGAAACCGACAUUUGCAUUGGAGUGAACAGCACAAUGCUGCAGCGCCACCUUGACAGCGGGAAGAUGAAUGUACAUUUCUGUCACUUUGGUGUUGAGGAAUUCGCCUGUGCUGAGCUGUCAGCUUUAAAAGCCGAGGAUCUGGCAGAGAUUUUAAAGUGUAAUCGCACCUUCAACUCCAGCGGCUCCAGACCCGUCUGGAAGCUUCUCCUCUCUAAAGCCUCUCAUGUGCUGGAUGAAUCUCUCGAUCUUCUAUCCAACAUGACACUGGACCCCAGAAAUCCUGCACUGUCGAUGGUUUUGGACUCAAUACGAGAAAUCAGACUGGACACCUUCAACAUGGCCCUCCUCAACGAUCCUGCCUUCAUCCAGCUGUGGUUCAUCCACAGACUUCGCCCGUUCCUUCCUGCUGUUUCCCCCGACUUUCUGUCAUGUCUCAUCACGAGAGGUUUGAGCUGCAGAACCUACCAACACAUUGUGCAGAUUUUGAGCCUUUUUAAGCCGCACAUGACGGUCCCCAUGCAGAUGACUGUCUACACACACUUCAUGAAGGUUUUCCUGACCAGGAACAACACAGCUGACCCGAGCUGCAGCUUACACAGUAACAACAGUGGAAUAUGGCUGCAGAAGAACUUGGGAGCUUUCUCUGAUCUGGUGUCCUUCCACGACAUACUGAAGCUCUACUCCGACUUUUCAGCGAUGGAAGCAUUACCACAGCUGACAGUCAGACAGCUGGCUGAGGUGUCCUCCACACCAGGUCAGCUCACCUAUGCUGACCAGGUUGACAUGGUGACGAAGCACGUCCCCGACAGACUCCUGUCCGCCUUCUUUGAUGACUUCUCACCUGCUAUCAUGGGUCAUGAAAAUAUGUUCCCCUCUGUGGUGAGGUCAGCCAUGUUACAAGUCGUGUUUGAUCGUGCCAACCUGUCAGAUCACUCUGUGGGUGAUUCAGAUGUUCUGAGGUGGCUCCACAACCGGCUGCGCCCCCUGCUGGUCGAACUGUCAUCAGACCACGUUACGCCGUUCUUCAAUAUACUGGCAGGAAGAAACUGCAGCAUCGAGAAGCAGGGUGUGGAUGACCUGAAUGGGACGAUCUCAACUCUCAGUUUAAGAACACAGAAAGAAAUCCACAAUCACAUCGUUGAGUCUCUCAAAGGACCAUCGCCUCUCCGUUGCUAUGGUGACAACUUCAACCACAGUUUCUACGGAUACCUGAAGAGUUCAUUCUUGGGUUUUGAAUUCCCAAGACUGACCACCUUCCUGUCCCUCAUGCCUCACAACAAAACGCAUCAGUUGGUGAACUCCAUGCCUCCAUCCGAUCUUGGGGAUUUCCUCCGUCGUCCUGACAUUGUCGACAACGAUGAACAGCUCUGCGUGAUUUACAAAAACUACAUGAAGACACAAGUGUUCCUGGAGAUGGAGGCUCUUCCGGCAGCGGUGCAGCGGCCAACGCUGCCUUGUGUCUGGCCCAUCGCGCUCAGUAAAUCCAAGAGGUCAGAGGUCAAUGCCUGGUUUGACAAAAGCCUCAAAAACUACAUGGUCUUCCUCACAAAGAGUCUGCUCAGCUCCAAUGCCACACAAGGCGCCUCCUGCGUGGCCUUCCAAAAGCUCGUCUUAGUUCUUGGUGUGUACAACUACACUGCUGCAGACUUUGAGAAGCCAGAUGUGUUCAACACCAGCAUCAGGUCCUACCUCACCUCAGUGACGGUGCCAAAAUGCUACAAUGAAAGCGUCCCAGAACUAAACUCAACGGCCUGGUUUGUUGAAUACAUCGGCCCUUUCAUGCCUUACCUCACUCUGGAGGAUCUUCAGUCAUUUGGAUCUUCAGAGGUUAUCCAGGUGUUCACCGUUAACCCCCUGAACAUCGCCCUCCUCAACCACAGCGUCUUACCUCUCGACCUCACCAACUACUACACAGAGCUUAUAUAUCGAGAGAACAGCAAUUUCAACCCCUUACUUCUUCCUCUGUUGUGUCGGUGUGUUGCUCUCGGACCAGCCUUCACUCAGCUGACUCAAGAAGAGAGUAUGGUCGUUCUGUACAACCUGACCAAUGUCUGCACAGACCUGGACCCACAGAUUUCUGCUGCUUUGGCGGGUAACCUUGGUGAAAACAUUGAUUCCACGGCCAUUACUGCCCUCGGCAACGAAAGCACCGGCAUUUCCACUGGCCAGCUCAAGGACAUCAAUCCUCAGGACUUAAUUGAUUCCCUCGCCACCCUUAGCAAUGUGAUGGGCUGGAAUUACGGUCAGGCCAAUGCCAUCAUCCAGAUUCUGAUGUCUUCAGGGAUGAUGCAGUUCAACAGCGCGUCAUCAUUGUUUACGCUGGGCUCUCUUGUUACGGGCGUACCAACGACAACGUUCACCAGCAUCAACAGCAGCCAGCUGAUUCUCGCAGGCAAAAACCCAUCGUUCCUGUUGUACAUGGUUACCGCUCCGGUGGUUGUCCAGCAGACCUUUGUUACUCAGAUCGUAGCCACGAACACUAACAGUGAGGUGAUCAUAGACAACGUUCCUGAUGAAAUGGCCACUGAGAUCCCCCGUUCUCGCCUGCUUGGCUUCUCAAGUAGUACCACCAUUAUUAAAAAACUCAACAAGAAGAAAUGGAAACGGCAGCAGGUUUCACUGUUCUUUAAUGUGAUCGCUGGGCAAAGUGCCACCAAACCAGACGAAUUGUCAUCCUCUUUGCUGCAAGGGUUCACCUGUAUUGGAGUAAGGACUAUAGAAACGGUGCAGAUCAAGAAGCUGAUCAAAGCUUGUCGGAGGAAACGCACGAGGAAGGUCACACUGGUGGAGACUCAGCUGACCUGCAUGUACAACUACAUCAAAAACGAUACAAACACCACCAACUUUGAGCUCUACCCUCCAGACAUGCUGAUGUAUUAUGAUUACUCCUUGGUGCCGCAGGCCAGCUGCAGGUCCUACUUUGAACAGCUGGCAGAUGCAGACUUCUGGAUCUUCUCUUCUGCUCUCAGAUACAAACUGACUGCUCUGUUUGCGAACGCCAGGAGCUGUCUGGGUAUCACCACCACGAGUUUGACUGAGGAUAAUAUAUCGGUUUUGGGAAACAUGUGCUGUACUCUGGAUGGGUCCUACAUCGAGAACUCUGACCCGUCCAUCUUGGAAAAACUCAAGAACUGCCCAGACCUCAAUAAUGAUCAGGGUACUGCUGUUCAGUCUCUGCUGCUGAGCGGGAAAACACAGUACGGAGUCUCAUCAACAUGGACUUUGCAAACUUUGAAGGACCUCGAUAUGUUACCGAUGUAUUUGAAAACAGCCUUCUAUGAUGAAUUCGACAAAAGAACGAAGCGGACAUUCAUGAGGUACUUCAUGAAGGUUCUCAGGAGGAACAGAGUGAGCAGAUACAAGAAGAGGCGGUUGAGACGUCAAAUUAGAGCAUCAAUUAAAAAGAAGUCAAAGCGAUCUAUAGUAAACGAGUGCACCGUAGGAAAUAUCACCCAGGUGACAGUCAGUGAUGAGGCGUUCCCCUUCGACUACGACGAAGUCAACCAGUUUGACUACUGCCUGAGUGCCACGGUCGUUAAAGAUAACUUGGCUUCCAUCACUGAGAAGGUGGACGAGGAGGAGUAUCUAAAGAUUGUUCUCACCAAGCUGCAAGAGGCGUACUCAGGCAGCUCAGUCCCAGAGGAUCAGGUUCAACUCUUAGGAGCAGCGUCCCGCCAGGCCACCGUCAAUGACAUCAAUCUGUGGACUAUCACCAAGAUCGACACGCUCUCUGCUUUGAUGGACUCGUCCAAUGGAGAGUGGGACCCGAGCCUGGCAAAGGCCGUCAUCUCCAAGUAUCUGAGUACAGAAGGGAACAAACUAGGCAGCGCAGAGAUCAACACCAUCGGAGGAGUCAACCUGUGUUCCCUGGACGCCGACGUCCUGAAGAAUAUUUCCCAAGAAAGCCUGAAAGAUGCCGAUGCCCUGACAGUGUCCAACUGCACCCUGGAGAAAAAGAAAGAACUGUUCAGCAUCGCCCAACUAGCAUUUGCCGACGACACCCGCUCAACUGUCUCCCAGUCCUCCUACCAGCUCACAGAACCGUACCUCGGGGGCGCAACAAAUGACUAUGUCAGAAGUUUGGUGGCCUCCGACGUCAACAUGGAAAUGGAUACUUUCACCAGUCUAGAUGAGACUGUUGUACAGAGCCUCAGUGUUAGUGAGGUUAAAAAUCUUCUUGGCACCAAUCUGCCAGAGUUGAAGUCCUAUGAAAACGAAACAGUGGUACAGAACUGGAUCACCAGCAGGUUACAGACAGACCUUAACGACCUGGGGCUGGGGCUGACAGGGGGCAGGGAUGGCACGGCCUCCACCAGCGCUCCUGCCUCUACCAAGGCUCCUGCCUCUCCUGCCUCCACCAAGGCUCCUGCCUCUCCUGCCUCCACCAAGGUUCCUGCCUCUCCUGCCUCCACCAAGGUUCCUGCCUCUCCUGCCUCCACCAAGGCUCCUGCCUCUCCUGCCUCUACCAAGGCUCCUGCCUCUCCUGCCUCUACCAAGGCUCCUGCCUCUCCUGCCUCUACCAAGGCUCCUGCCUCUCCUGCCUCUACCAAGGUUCCUGCCUCUCCUGCCUCCACCAAGGCUCCUGCUUCCACCAAGGCUCCUGCCUCCACCGCCGCUCCUGCCUCCACAGCCGCUCCUAAAACCACUGGCUCCUCAAAAUCAACAGCAGCGGGAUCUACUACCACCAAGGGUAACAAUGGCGCCCGCCUCCGAGCGGACCAGGCAGGCUUGUCCUUCCUCGUUGUCCUCGCAUUCCUCGUCACCUCUCAGCACUUUGUAGUCCUGUAGGAACAGGACUCUGCUGCACAUGGCUGAUAAUUUAAUUGGUUACAAACUACACUGUAUUGCUUACUUCUACAUGUACACCAUAUUUCAUGUGCAAUAAUAACAUUAGAUGUAAAUAAUGUAUUUUGGAUUACUUAGUCCUUAAAGUCAGAAAUGUGUACACACAGACGCCUACUCAUUUUAAACUGCAUUUAUUUUGCUUUACUUUUUCUUUUUGUCUUGAUGGUUUGAUUAACUGAUUUGUUAAAAGAUUUAUUUUAUUAGUUUAUUGAAAAAUGAAGGUUUAAUUGAAGAAUGAAGGUGAAAGUUCAUAUCUAUUUUUAUGAUGCUGUAAAUUCUUUGUAUCCCUAUGAAGCACUUAUUGUAUUUAAGUACCCAUAAUCAUCAGUUGAUCCAUAUUAAAUGGUGUGCAGGGGCCACUUCAUUUCAUCUAUGAAGUAACACAUUAUAAAUGGAAAUUAUUGCUAUAUGUUGGAGUAAGUCUGAUAUUUAAACUACAUUACGUAACACCUUAUGUCUCUAGUCCAGGGUGUCGAACUCAUUUUUGUUCAAGGGCCAUGUACAGCCCAAUUUGAUCUCAAGUGGGCCAGAAAAGUAAAACCAUUAACCUAUAAAUAAUAUAUAUGUAAUGUAUUUUUACUAUAAUAAACCAUCUAUUUACAAAGCAGAUGAACAGCCUGAGAUGCCUUAAGAAAAAUUAAUAAUAGGUCUUUUACAGAUUAUUUUGCACAAAAACUGCUGAUUGACAACAUUUUGCACAAUGUUAAAUAUAUGAAUGGUUUAAAUAUGACCAUGAUAUGUAUUCAUUGAUUUUUUUCAGACAUUUGUAUUCUGGUCAGGGUGGAAAAACCUCUAGCAGUAUUUUACAUGAAAUAUGCUCUGAAAUAUACAGUUUAACUUGCUCCUGAAAACUGACAUCAUACUUUGCAAAGUUAUCCAAUGGGCCAGAUUAGACCCCUUUGCAGGCUGGUUCUGGCCUACGGGCCGUAUGUUGCUCUAGUCUAACUUUGUGAAUAAGACACAGUA